UGUUAAUCCCUCUUUGCCCUAAACCAGUAUAAUAUACAUGUAUAAUCCGAAUGGACCCGUUUGUUUUCAUAAAAACAACGCUAUAAAUGCCGAAAAUUUUCUUCAUGGAAAUUCGAAACUUAUAACCAUCACAUCCAAGACUCACAACCAUGCAGCAACAAGACAUUGUCAUCACCCUGUCCGUGUGUGCGGUGAUUAUGACCACUGUGUUCUUUGAGCAUCGAAUGCAGCAAGUGGAGGAGACAUGUGCACGGGCACAGUCAUACAAUAAUAAUGACAGUCAAAGAGCGGGAAAAUCUGAGGAGAUGAUUGGUGGAGAGCGAGUUGACGCAGAAGACGCAGAUGAGAGGAGUGAGAGAACAGAGGCAACAAUGAGGCGACACAAGUCCAACGAUAUUAUGGAAGAUGAACUGAGUCAACUAUCGGCUAGGAAGGCAGUGGCGUUUUCAGUGACAAUAGGACACUCGUUAACAGACAACGAAACGGUGUCCGAGAUCGUCAUCUACGACAUCGUCGAAAUCAACAUCGGCGAAGGUUACGACCCCACGACCGGGAUAUUUAGGGUCCCGGAAUCAGGGGCGUACGCAUUCCAGUGGACUAGUGUGACCAUUCCGGGGAAAUGGUUCGAGACAGAGUUGAACAUUAAUGGCCACCAGAAGAGGUUAAACAGUUGCAAUAACAAGGGAGAGACUGCAUCCUCAAACCUGUCGUGUACCUCGAUGGUCAUAACUGAGGCCAAAGAAGGGGAUAUUGUGUGGAUAGCCAAGUUCGGACAAGAUGGCGACUAUCUAAUGGAGAUGUAUUCAUCAUUUUCGGGAUGGAAAAUUGGGGAGUUGUCGAAAGAAUGAUUUAGUUUUAGUGUAUUGUUCUUCACAAAAAUUUAGAUCAUUGGGAAUCAAAUUUAUACAUGACAAUACAAAUUUUGAUUCCCAAUGAUCUAAUUUUUUUUUUAGAAGAUCAGUAUUAUAGGCCUAAUUGUACAUGUACGUUUUAAGGUCGUGAAAAGGAGGCAACAAGAUCAGAUGUAAACAUUUGACUAGAUAACAUCAGUGAUAUAUCACUUGAUAAAGUUUGAAGUCGUAAUCAGAUUUCAAAACAGAUUGUUGCCAGAAAACACAUUUAGGAUAGAACGAAGAUAAUAUCGACGAAAACAAAAGGUUCUAACAAACGACUUAAAUUUGAAAACAGUUACUAUCUUGGUCGGAACUGUCUUACAAUAGCACUGGUACAUGUAUUUAUGUCUUACACUAUCAAGUGAGUGCAUGACCGUGUACAUUUUAUGUACUGUAGUAAAAUAUGAAAUAUG